AUGAGUGGGAUAGCUAUGGAUAGUCAAUGGAAUCAUGAAGCAAAUACUUUUGCAAUGGAUAAUAGCGACUAUGAGAAAGCAUUCGAGACUUACAUCAGCGAUGUGGAAGACGAUGACGACAUCUUCCUGAAGACGCUAUUGAAAGCAAAAAGUCAAACAGCUUUCAAUUCUAACACAACAAUGACCAUGAAAUUGCACAAAGCAAAAUAUAUGAAAAAACAGCACACUCGAAGUUUAAAAUAUUAA